GGCUUUUUCAGGAGCUGCUCGCUUGCAGCCAGAGACGCUGCUUUUUUUUUCCGGGUUCGGAGCCGUUCCGGAUGCUUUAGGCUGCCGGAUGUCUGAUCUCCGGAUAACUGAGGCGUUUCUGUACAUGGAUUAUCUGUGUUUUAGAGCACUUUGCUGCAAGGGACCACCACCUGCACGACCAGAAUAUGACCUGGUUUGCAUAGGCCUCACCGGUUCCGGCAAGACUAGUCUGUUGUCGAAACUCUGCAGUGAAAGUCCCGAGAACGUCGUAUCAACCACAGGUUUUAGUAUAAAGGCAGUGCCAUUUCAGAAUGCCAUCUUGAAUGUGAAAGAACUUGGAGGGGCUGAUAAUAUCCGGAAAUACUGGAGCCGUUAUUACCAAGGAUCUCAAGGGGUAAUAUUUGUAUUAGACAGUGCCUCUUCAGAGGAUGAUUUAGAAACUGCUAGAAAUGAACUGCACUCAGCUCUUCAGCACCCACAAUUAUGCACUUUACCCUUUUUAAUAUUGGCCAAUCAUCAAGACAAGCCAGCGGCUCGCUCAGUACAAGAGAUCAAAAAGUAUUUUGAACUUGAACCACUUGCUCGUGGAAAACGCUGGAUUCUGCAGCCCUGCUCGCUGGAUGACAUGGAUGCACUGAAAGACAGCUUCUCUCAGCUGAUACAUUUGUUAGAAGAAAAGGACCACGAAGCUAUGAGAAUGUGAAACCUGGCAAAGAAAUCGGGUUCCCACAAGGCCUUGAACCUCCCAUGUUAGUGUCUCAUUUUAAUUCUAUUUUGGUAUCAAGACUAUCAUGACUUCAGUCUCUGUUUUCCUUUAGUUAUUUCAGACUCUCAUCUCUCAAAGUGAAUAUUAUGUAAGUCAGGUGAAUUAUCAUCGGCAUUAACGACAAGUACACACUACUGAGAGAAUUUAUUCUCUGUUUACCACUAAUUAUCUUCACCGCAUGUCUCCUCCUUCUGUUGUUCUAAGCAUCUCUUCUAUACUUUGUGCUAAAAUGGAUGAAAUUCAUGGCUCACAGAAAUCAAAUCCCUUGUGAAGAACUCAGAAAGACUCAACAGUACCUUGACUAAUUUUCCCUGGGCUUGGGAGUGGAAGAUUGUGUACCUGGACCCCACAAUAUUAUGUAUGUCAUUUUCAAGAUCUCUGGGGGUUGAGUUUUCUUAAUUUUUUAUCUUAUUUUUAUUUUUAGGGGUUUUUUUUGUAUACCAACCUUAUAGAAUAUGAGUGAAAAAAUGAGUACCAAAAACUUCCAUUAAUCCUCUUAUGAAAGAGUAUCCUACCACAGGAAAAUUAGGUUUGAAGAACUUAAAGACCAGAUGCAUAGUGUUUCCUUGAUCUAUCUGAGGUCACACUCCAUUUCCCCUUUUAAGAGCAAAAACACUGUUCUAGUUUUUUGUUUUUUGGUUUUUUUGGGGUUUUUUGGGGGGGUGGGUGUUUUAGGAAACUUAGGCACAAUGCAUACGUCACUGAUUGCAUUUGGUCAAGUCCUCAAAUGUUUUAGUGGAACAAUCAGCCUCCAUAAAGCCAAGCUGCAACGUAAUGUAGUUAUCUUUUUCUAAAAACCAGAAAUGUUUGAUUGAAAUAGAGAAAAUAAUUUUUAAAAAAUAAAAAUUUUAAAACAGCCAAACAAAGCAUAGUUUAUACUGGUUAAUGUUUAAGCUGGCAAGAAUUUGAAGACAGAUUCAUCUGUGUAUUUAUUCAUUAUGUGCUAAUAUAGUUUAAUGGAGUCUUUUAAAGCCUCCAUCUAGUUAAAAGGUCUAUCAGUAUUUCUAUUAUAAACCUCUAUUUUCAGGGGUUUCAAUGUGCCCUUAAAAUGUGCUGGGGCUGCAGCAGAUAAAUAAUUUGAGGGUCUAGCUUCAGUCUUUGGAACGAUUUUUUUUCACUUAAUUUAAAUGAUAAAAUUGCGUAGAGAUAAAUGUACAGUUUUAGUAAGGUUUAGCACCUUUGACCUUUUCUAAAUCAGGAAUAAUCUAUGGAUAUUGAAGUUCAUAGAUGAAAUCUUCUUUGGCACAUUUUGUAGACUUUUGACCAUUGAUUGAAAUACUAAGUGGACAAAUGAUAGAAAACUGCUCCCUACACCUGAGCAAUAAAAACAUGUUUGUAAUUUUUAGGCAGCAUAGACCGAUACCCAAAUACCACUGACUCACGCUGUCUCACACAGUGACAUAAAACCUCAUAAUUCUCCAGAUGAUAUAGUUCAGACCCUUCACAUCUUUCAGACACAGUUUUUGUUAUUUGAUUUUAGAAAUGGAUUUUACUGAAAUCAUUACCUUUGAAGCAUCUAAAACUUCUUUUUGUUUUUUUGUUUUUGGCAUGGGCCAGAAAAUAUCCAUAGUGACUUAUAUACAAUUGUGUCUACAUUAUCCUGGAAUAUUUUUAGCACUGUGUAAUAAUCUGUGAGCAGCACAGAAUUGAUAUUCCCAUGACCAGUUACACAAUUCCUGUUUUUAUUUUGUCCUGUUGUGAUCAUCUUCUCUGAAAAAAAUAAAUGAUUAUUAGGCCUUGCUUUCCCUGCAAGUUCAUUAAAUGUAAAAUGUCUUCUCUUUAAGAUACUGUGGCUGAGUGCUCCUAAGCCAUCUGUUAAAUGACUUCCCGUCGUCUGUGUGUGUUCAUGUGCAUGCCAGGGAUGGGCCUCUCCUCAGACCCACGACUGUCUGUAGCAUCUCAGCCGUCAGAAUGAAAACAUUAUCAAUCAGUACCCAACAACAGCUGUUUUUGACAAGUUUCUGUCUGACGCCUAAUGCUUUACAACUGUCAAUAAGGCUCCUUCUUUGUCUAGCAGGUUGGAGCUGGCAGUCUUGCUGCUUCAGUGUGGCAUCCUGUCCUUGUAACCCUAGAAUUUGCCGUGUUUGGGAAAUCCACCUGGG